AUGGAGUUCGAUCUGUCCGCAGCCCUGGAGUCCACUUCCAAGAAACCCGACGGGGCAGGCCAGGGGGAGAAACCCAAACACAGUCCCCACAACGUGCACGGCCCAUCAAUGGCAGGAGCAGCUGCUAAUCCCAGGCACGACCACGGCAGCUCUUCUGACUCCAGCAGCAGCAGCAGCAGCUCCAGCGACUCAGACACGGAAGGGAAGCUCCAUGCCACGGGGUCACACCUGCAGGCAAGUGCCCCAGGCCAGGCCAAGAAGCCCAAGGUGAAGAAGAAGAAGGAGGAGAAGGGGAAGAAGGCGGAGAAGGGG